CUGGCGGCGGGGGCGCUGCCCGCGCGCGGGAGCCGUGAGGGGCCGUGAGGGCGGUUACUGACGUUGUGGGACGGGAGGGCAGCAUUUCAAAUUUCACAUCGUAUCUAUGGGUUAAACGGAGCCUAUGUCCCUUUUUUUUACCUCUGUUGCCUAAAAGCGGCACUUAAAAGAAACUUCUGAGGCUCAAUUCAUGAGUUUCAGAAGCCAGGCAUUCCUUUACCUCGACGCCCUGCACGGCCGCAGCACGACAGGUGCCCUGGGAAUCAUUUCACCAAAGUGCACACCGAGCUUUCUGCUCAUUAAGGGGAAGAGCCACAGUUUUGUGAGGGACAAGGAGCAGAUGAACUGAUCUACCACGACAGUUCCCAUGGAGCCAACGAGCCUGAGAAUGAAGGAAGUGAGAAAAUCAAAUGUCCAUGAAACCCACCACAACCACUACAAUUCUGCUUUCCUGUAGCUGCUGCAGGAGCUACAGUAAUUAAUUUAAUAAUUAGUGUUUAGUAGCAAGGGACAGAUGCUGGCUCUGCACAAAAACACCUCCUCAAAGCUGUGCUCUCAUUGCUGCGUCAGGAAUAGUUCAGAGUCAGCUGACAAGAAUAAGGUGGCAAAAAGAUUGGCCACAAGCCUUAUUAGGUAAUUUCUGCUCCCAACUUCUUACUCAUACCUGGCACACAGAGGCAACGGAACAGGGCCCCCAGCCAGCCUCUUCCAGCCGCCCCGCCGCCCAGGCCUGGGCACUGUUGGGAAACCCAUCCGCCUCCUGGCCAACCACUUCCAGGUGCAGAUCCCCAAGAUUGAUGUUUAUCACUAUGAUGUUGAUAUCAAACCAGAGAAACGCCCCCGAAGAGUCAACAGGGAGGUGGUGGACACGAUGGUGAGGCACUUCAAGAUGCAGAUCUUUGGGGAUCGGCAGCCUGGCUACGAUGGGAAGCGGAACAUGUACACGGCACACCCGUUACCCAUUGGCAGGGACAGGGUGGAUAUGGAGGUGACACUUCCAGGAGAAGGGAAGGACCAGACAUUUAAGGUUUCCAUUCAGUGGGUGUCAGUCGUCAGCCUUCAGAUGCUGCUGGAAGCUCUGGCAGGGCACCUGAAUGAAGUUCCUGAAGACUCUGUUCAGGCACUGGAUGUAAUCACACGGCACCUUCCCUCCAUGAGGUACACCCCUGUGGGUCGCUCCUUCUUCUCCCCCCCCGAAGGUUAUUACCACCCCCUGGGAGGGGGCAGGGAGGUCUGGUUUGGUUUCCACCAGUCGGUCCGUCCUGCCAUGUGGAACAUGAUGCUCAACAUCGACGUGUCAGCGACUGCUUUCUAUCGUGCCCAGCCUAUCAUUGAGUUCAUGUGCGAGGUCUUGGACAUCCAGAACAUCAGUGAACAAAGCAAACCCCUGACAGACUCCCAGCGUGUCAAGUUUACCAAAGAAAUCAGAGGUCUAAAAGUAGAGGUUACCCACUGUGGCCAGAUGAAGAGAAAAUACCGAGUUUGCAACGUUACCCGGCGACCAGCCAGUCACCAGACGUUCCCUCUGCAGCUGGAGAACGGGCAGGCCAUGGAGUGCACAGUAGCUCAGUAUUUUAAGCAGAAGUACAGUCUGCAGCUGAAAUACCCCCACCUGCCCUGUCUCCAAGUGGGACAGGAACAGAAACACACGUACCUGCCGCUGGAGGUGUGUAACAUCGUGGCUGGGCAGAGGUGCAUCAAGAAGCUCACGGACAAUCAGACCUCGACCAUGAUAAAAGCAACCGCGCGGUCGGCGCCGGACCGGCAGGAGGAGAUCAGCAGGCUGGUGAAGAGUAACAGUAUGGUUGGUGGGCCUGAUCCGUACCUGAAGGAGUUUGGAAUCGUUGUCCAUAACGAAAUGACGGAGCUGACAGGCAGAGUUCUGCCAGCCCCAAUGCUGCAGUAUGGAGGCAGGAACAAGACCGUGGCCACACCAAACCAAGGCGUAUGGGACAUGAGAGGGAAACAGUUCUAUGCUGGCAUUGAGAUUAAAGUUUGGGCUGUUGCCUGUUUUGCUCCUCAAAAACAGUGCAGGGAAGACUUGCUAAAGAGUUUCACAGACCAGCUGCGCAAGAUCUCCAAGGACGCCGGGAUGCCCAUCCAGGGCCAGCCCUGCUUCUGCAAGUACGCCCAGGGUGCAGACAGUGUGGAGCCCAUGUUCAAACACCUGAAGCUGACUUACGUUGGCCUGCAGCUCAUCGUGGUGAUUCUGCCCGGGAAGACGCCCGUGUACGCUGAAGUCAAGCGGGUUGGAGACACUCUUCUAGGCAUGGCCACACAGUGUGUUCAGGUAAAGAAUGUGGUCAAAACCUCACCACAAACACUGUCCAACCUGUGUCUGAAGAUCAACGCGAAGCUCGGAGGGAUCAACAAUGUGCUGGUACCUCAUCAAAGGCCCUCGGUGUUCCAGCAGCCAGUGAUCUUCCUGGGAGCAGACGUGACGCACCCCCCGGCCGGGGACGGGAAGAAGCCGUCGAUCGCGGCCGUGGUGGGCAGCAUGGACGGGCACCCCAGCCGGUACUGCGCCACCGUGCGCGUGCAGACCUCGCGCCAGGAGACCUCCCAGGAGCUGCUCUACAGCCAGGAGGUCAUCCAGGACCUCACCAACAUGGUGCGGGAGCUGCUGAUCCAGUUCUACAAAUCCACUCGUUUCAAGCCCACAAGGAUCAUUUACUACAGAGGGGGAGUGUCGGAAGGACAGAUGAAACAGGUAGCUUGGCCAGAGCUGAUCGCGAUCCGGAAGGCCUGCAUUAGUUUGGAGGAAGAUUACAGACCAGGAAUAACCUACAUUGUCGUGCAGAAAAGGCAUCACACCAGGCUCUUCUGUGCCGACAAAACUGAAAGGGUGGGUAAGAGCGGCAACGUACCAGCAGGCACUACUGUGGACAGCACCAUCACACAUCCUUCUGAAUUUGACUUUUACCUCUGUAGCCAUGCAGGAAUUCAGGGAACCAGCCGGCCCUCCCACUACCAGGUGCUGUGGGAUGACAACUGUUUCACAGCGGAUGAGCUGCAGCUCCUCACGUACCAGCUGUGCCACACCUACGUGCGCUGCACCCGCUCCGUGUCCAUCCCCGCUCCCGCCUACUACGCCAGGCUGGUGGCAUUCCGGGCCAGGUACCACCUCGUGGACAAGGAUCAUGACAGCGCCGAGGGCAGCCACGUGUCGGGGCAGAGCAACGGCCGCGAUCCGCAGGCGCUGGCCAAGGCCGUGCAGAUCCACCACGACACCCAGCACACCAUGUAUUUCGCUUGAGAGCACCUGGGAGGAUGAGGCAAGACAACAACCCACGCAGUCCCCAAGUGUUUGGAAGCCUCCCCCUCUCGCCAGGGCCGGGGGGGUUCGGACUGCCCACUACCAGCAGCUCCGGACAGUCGCACUGAAUCUGUUCUUCACUGCAACGUCUGAUGCACCAACACAAUUGAGCCAUUUGUUUCAUUGUUUUCUGUACUAGAAAUCCAUAGACUUGUCUUUUCUGAUGCAUUGGACUGAAUUUUUACCUCAAAGCGCAAAGGCCGAUCAUCCUGAAGUUUUUCAAGGACUUGGCACGAAAGGUUUCUAUCGAAUCUUUUGCUAGCUGUGGUUUUUAAGUUCUCCUCAUCCCAUGAGCUGACGGUGACUGCUGCCCUGUCUCCGUGCCCUGCUUCGUGAGUAUGAUGUGAUGGCAAAAUGUUUUAUCCAGCUCGCUGUGAUCCUUCUGUCGUGUGGGGCCAUAGAUUUUUUAAUGGAGAUUUUAGACUUCACUACUGUAAAUGCCUUUUAACAAACAUAACUUUCACAGGUAUUGCAGUUUUUUGUCAGUUUUACUAAUUAUCUUUUUAAUCUCUGCAGACUUGGGCUGCAAAGCAAUUGCACUAUACUGCGAGUUAAUAGGUGGUUCUUGUUCUGUGAAUGUGUAAUAUAACCAAUAGUGAUGCCUGUCAGUAGAUUUUAAUGAUAAUGGUUAUAAAUAAUACUGCCAUGGUAUCGUAACAAGUACUGAACCAUCAUUUCCCCCCUCUAAAAAUGAUAAAACAAAAAAAAAAAUUUAGCUUUUAGGUAUUUUGCAAACUUUUACAAAAGUGCCCACUUUAUGCUGCUGUGUGGUUUGAUAAAUCUAAGUGAUUUUAAAACUUUUUUCUCAUAGAAGGUUUAACUUUGGCAAUAAAUCUUUGUUUUUUAAGCCCCCCCAACAGUGUAAUUUUCUAGCUGAGGAUUGUGCAUGAGUUUGACCAACAUUCUCGUGUCGUUUUCUGAACACACAAUUUGGCAGUUUCUGAAACUAAUUAGAAAAGACGCAUUUCCAUGCUUUUUUUAAGAAUUAUUUUUAACUGUUUUAUAUUCACUGUUGGUGUCCUGUCUACAACAUUUUUUAUAAGCUUGGAAACUGGGUGUUCCAUGUAGGAAAGGCCAAUGUGUACAGUCGAAAUGUAUUGUGUGACAGGCAACCUGAGGACUUGUACCAGCAUUUUGAACUGUUUUUUUCCUGGGAAUUUGGGUUGCCCACACAACUGCAUUCAUAGCAUGUUGAACCCAUGUAAGUCUCAAAUACUGAUUCUAUCCCAGCCUAGAAAUUAGGGGUUUUAAUCUGCUUGGCUUUUUUCAGCUGCAACCUGUAAUCCAGACCAGGGGCCUGGUUUCCCUGGGUAUUCCUGGAAUCCAUGAACAUGGUAAUUUAAGACUAGACUCCUCUUAGUGUAAACCUGAGUUAGUAUUAGUGUAAACCCAACUUAGUGCAGAUUAAAGCUUAUUCCUAACCUGAGGAGGAGUUUGAGAAGCCCAAGGAUUGCACUGUGGUCUCUGAUACUCUUGCGGGGUUUGCUGCUAAGUUGUCUGCUGUCCCAAAGCUUAGGAACCAGCCCCCCCAAAUUUCAGCAAUAGGAAAUGCUGUUUCCUUCAGUCUUUAAGCUUGUAAAUAAAUGAAAGUUUACAUUUCUAAAUGCUGUUGUUUUCAGUUGUACCAGAGUACACUGAACUUAUUCAAGCAGUUUUGUAACCUCCUUGCCAGUAGUACGUCUCAUAAAUUAAGUUUAACCUCUUUUCAUUUCUGUUGAAAAUGGGACUGAUGUGACCCCUGUCCCUGGCAGGGACAGGUUUAGACUGAAAAAAAUCAGAAAGAUUCAUUUUAGUUAUUUAAUUUUUUUUUAAAGAAUACCUCACUUGUGUAAUAAAAUCAGGACAUGUGGGUGGGAGACUGACCGCUGCUUUUCUCAGUACUCAUUCAGGGAGAAGACAAAAAAACCCCUUUUUAGAGUGAACUCUGACUGACCCAACACACACAGAGAACUUUGGCACCUUGAAAAGCACCUGAGCACCUGUUGGAGGUGGUAGGAUCCAAGAUCCCUGUUUUGAGCUUGUGCACUAGGAAUGGAGCUGGUUUAAUAAGGGUGCAUAAAAAAUGAGUUAAUUUUAUCACCAAUUAGUUGUCCAGUGCCAAGCACUCCUGGUUGAGACUGAGGGAAGGGAGAGCCUCUCCUUGGUUUGCCUGUGACUGGAUAUUUGACCUCAGACCAGGUGGAGCCCUGGGCCAGCACCUGAGCAGGGCUGGUGUGAGCCCACCCCGGGCACAGGGCUGGAGUUUGAGGGCGAAAGCACUGAAGUUCAGGAUCCAAGUCGCAGCAGUGCUGCCCUAGGCAGGUCUGAGCCCAAGUCUGGAGGACUUGAGGACCUGGGUGAGCCCCGUGGGCCUGAGUGACUCGUUCUGCAUGUGUCAAUCAAUGGGAAGAUGUGCAUUCUGUAGCUGUAGUUUUAGGGUGUUUUGUUUUUUGGUUUUGUUUGGUUUUGGUUUUUGUUUUUUUUUUUUUUUUAUAAAUAAAGCCUGUUGGCCACUGUUUAGCUCUGUGGUGUGAAAGAUUUUAAAUGUAGCAAAGUUCAAAGAGUUGGGGGAGGGAGUGGUUGACAUAUUAAAAAAAUAUAAAAAAAUAUAUAUAAAAAAAGGGGGGGAGGGGGCAGAAAUCCUGUUUUCCACCCAGUUCUGCUUGCUUUGUCCCUGCUGAGUUCUGAACGAGCUCUGGCAAUCCCUGGCUAGCCCAUCUCCACCUCUGUGAGCUACCCAGGGUGGUGCUGGAGCUGCAUCCGAAGGGAGCAGAGGUGGAUGGACGGGCAGGGGUGCCCCGUGCCCACCCUCAGCUCGGCCCUUCGGACGGGGGAGUGCCCUCGUUCAGAGCCAGCGUCCGACAGCCCCGACCCCGACCCCUUUGUGGAUGUGCUGUAGGAGUUUUCUUGCUCAAUAGCGAGGGAGUGACUCUGCUUUCAUUUUCAGAAGGCAGGGCCAGAGGGCGUUGGAUCCAUCCCGAUCCUGAUCCACUGCAAGUUCCUUUCCCUUUGCACUGGAGGAAAGAUCUUGCACUAAAUAUCACAGAUUUUCUUAGACCUUGCUAUUGACAUUUUCAUAUUUCUAUGUCUAGAGGCUGCAACUUCAAUGUAAAAUGUUUGCAUUUGUUCAGUUUGACUUCUGAUGUAAUUUUUUGGUUUCUAUAUUGUUAGACUUGUAAUGUUUCAAAUGGUAUUUUAUUAACUUUGGACUGGAUGUAUGUCUCUAGCAAUACGAGGUACUUUCUAAACUGUCCUGGGGGUCACAGCCCCAUGCUGGUCGUGUACAAUUGCAAUGUAUUUUUUUUUUUAGCCUGCAGGGAUAUUUUGUGUUCAUGUGUCCAAAAAUAUUAAUAAUAAUAAAAAAAAACCUUGGCAUUCUUGUGCCAAAUGUUCUGUUUUUCCUUGUUGCUGUCCAAUAAAUGCAAUGUACAGAGUGAGCAACCCAUACCGUUGCCUGUAAACAAAUGUCUUAAAUUAUUUAACUUUUAAUUAAAACUUGUACACAACGUGUCACCUGUGGAA